AUGAGUGGUAACACGGAAUCAACAUCGAACAGCAUCAAGUUUGCGCCGAUGCCUAUGUCGGCACUGCUGGCCAACUUGAUGCCUUUCAAGAAUGCAGCAGAUAGCCCUGAUGCCAGCUUUUCAUCAGCUGACGAUAGUGAUCACUCCUUUAGCGAAACCGUGGCAAAAAAACCGUCUCCUGCUAAGAAAAUAAACAAAGAUUUUUUCACGCCCAAUGUGAAACCUAAACCAAAAGAUAUAAAAGCUUUUGCUUCAGAAAAAAAAUUCAGUUACAACGAUCACGAUAAAGAGAAUGCAAACGAUAAUUGGGUGCCCCAUCAAACAUAUCCAGCCAAAGAAAAUAUCAAUACACAAAGUGCUCACAAAAACAAAAGUACAAAUGUUUUUCCGACUUCAGAAUCUAAGAAGCGUAGUGUAUUAAUGCCACAAAGCAAUAAUAACUCACGAAUACAAAGUUCAUGUGUUAAAAAGACUCCAGAGAAGAAAAUACCAACUAGUGCACAGAAGCUAAAAUCUGCAACCCCUAAGAUAAAGUCAGGUAUCAGAAGGUUUACUCCGGGGUCUAAACCAAGUCAUAAGAAAACUCCCCAGAAAGCUGCCAUACAGAACAGAGACAGAGUAAGAGUGGAGUUGUUUUCACAAAAUCCUAAAGAUGAGCCGCUGUGCCCACCACCACGGCCAGAGCCAGCCCCUGCACCUGCACCAGUGCCAGAGACACCACUGAACAGGAAGGCGAUGCCUGCUUCUUAUGUCGCGACACCAUCAUACCCACAGGGAGUGGUGAACAACAGUUCAAAGAUAUUAUUCAAAACAACUAGUAUAAAGGAUAAGAAGUACAUGUUUAUUAAAAAACUGGGCACCGGAGGAUCUAGUGAAGUGUAUAAAGUGUUAGAGGUUGGCACCUCAUGUGAGUAUGCCGUGAAGUGUGUGUACCUGGCCACGGACCACGAACUGGCACAAGGAUACAUCAACGAGGUGCGCCUGCUGAGAGAACUGCAGAACUCAGACAGAGUCAUCAGACUAUUUGAUUAUGAGUAUGACCGCACCAACCAGUUCCUGCGCAUGGUGUUGGAGGUGGGCGAGACGGACCUGUCUUCGUUCCUGAAGGCGCGCGGCGCUGGUCUCCCGCCCGCGCUCGUGCUGCACUACUGGGAGGAGAUGCUACAUGCUGUACAUUACAUACAUGAACAUGGUGUUAUCCACGCAGACUUAAAACCCGCGAAUUUCCUGCUAGUGUGCGGGAGACUGAAGCUGAUAGACUUUGGUAUUGCAUCAGCCAUCAGUAGCGACGCUACCUCUGUAGUGCGCUCGCAGGCCACGGGUACUUAUUCGUACAUCAGCCCUGAGGCGCUCAUGGGCGGCGCCGGCGGGUAUGGCGUCGCUAAUGGCGAAGGCAGCGCUCCCAUUAAGAUUUCAUUCCGAUCGGACGUGUGGUCGCUAGGCUGCAUCCUGUACAGCAUGGUGUACGGGCGCACCCCGUUCGGCCACAUCCCCAACCUCGCCAAGCUGGCCGCCAUACUCGACCCCAACCACCGCAUUGACUACCCGCCCGUAGAGCACCUCCCUCCAUCACUGAUCGCGGCGCUGAAGUGGUGCCUGACGUACAACGCGCGCGCGCGGCCGUCAGUGCGCGAGCUGCUGUCCAUUCCAUACUUGCAGCCGGCGCGCGGCACGCUGCCGCAGGCGCUGCUAGACAAACUGCAGCCACUCGUCACGCCAAACGAAUUCAGACUACUACAGAGGGCGCAACUGUAG